AUGGUUAACGGAAAGACUGUUGUCUCGGCCCUGGCCCUGUCCGCCGCCGCCCAGGCCGCUCCCUACAACCCUACCAGAACUUCCAAGUUCAGCCUUAACCAGGUCGCUGUCAAGAAGUCCUCCCAGCCCAACGGUCCUUCUGCCUACGCUCGUGCUCUCCAGAAGUACGGUGGCUCCGUCCCCGCCCACGUUCUCUCGGCUGCCACUGGUGGUGAGUCUGGCUCUGCCACCAACAAGCCUGUCGGCGGUGACGUGCAAUACAUCACCCCUGUCAAGAUUGGCAAGUCCACCGUCAACCUUGACUUCGACACCGGUUCCGCCGAUCUCUGGGUCUACACCCCCGACACCAAGGGUGCUGGCUCUGGCCACAACAACUACGACCCCAGCACCGGCAAGAAGCUCAGCGGUGCUUCUUGGGAGAUCUCCUACGGUGAUGGCAGCUCUGCCAGCGGUGUUGUCUACACUGACUCCGUCACCGUCGGCAACGUCACUGCCACCUCCCAGGCUGUUGAGGCUGCCACCACUGUGAGCAGCUCUUUCGCUAGCGACACCGACAGCGACGGUCUACUUGGUCUUGCUUUCAGCUCGAUCAACACUGUCAAGCCCCAGUCCCAGAAGACCUUCUACGCCAACGUCAUGGACAGCUUGGCCUCCCCCGUCUUCGCUGCCGUCCUGAAGCACAACGCUCCCGGCUCGUACGACUUUGGAUACAUUGACUCCUCCAAGUACACUGGCAAGUUGGCCUACACUGAUGUCGACAACAGCCAGGGCUUCUGGAGCUUCACCGCCGACUCUAUCUCUGUCGGUGACUCCAAGGUUGAGGCCGCUGGUGCCUCUGUCUCCGGUAUUGCCGACACCGGUACCACUCUGCUCCUUUUGGACGACAGCACUGUCUCCGCCUACUACAAGCAGGUCGACGGUGCCAAGAACUCCCAGUCCGAGGGCGGCUGGGUCUUCGACUGCUCUGCCACUCUCCCCGACCUGAAGGUCGCCAUUGGCUCGUACACCGCCACCGUCCCCGGAAAGUACAUCAACUACGCCAAGCAGGGCAGCUCUUGCUUCGGUGGUCUCCAGUCCGCUGGUGACAUUGGCAUCAACAUCUUCGGUGACGUCUUCCUCAAGAGCCAGUACGUUGUCUUCGAUGCCGAGAAGAACCAGCUCGGUUUCGCCGCCCAGGCUUAA